CGGAGCCAAUGAGAGGACAGUAUUCCAGGAUUCCGGUGAUCUAAUCUAGCAAAAGGGCGAUGCGUCCAUGUAACGGGAUUCUUCACAUCUGCGUUUACUGCCAUCAGACACAAAACCCAUGCUCACGGAAUAGCGUGUUAUAUAAACUUUAAGAUGCAGUUUAUGCUGCUCUUCAGUAGACAGGGAAAGCUGCGGCUUCAGAAAUGGUACGUGGCUCUGUCAGACACACAGAAGAAGAAGAUCUCCCGGGAGGUCAUUCAGAUAGUGCUGGCACGCAAACCCAAGAUGUGCAGCUUCCUGGAAUGGAGGGAUCUGAAAAUAGUUUACAAAAGAUAUGCCAGCCUGUACUUUUGCUGUGCUGUGGAGGAUCAGGAGAAUGAGCUGAUAACCCUGGAGAUCAUCCACAGAUAUGUGGAGCUGCUGGACAAAUAUUUUGGCAGUGUGUGUGAACUGGACAUUAUCUUCAACUUUGAGAAAGCCUAUUACAUUCUGGAUGAGUUCAUACUGGGCGGUGAAGCCCAGGAGACAUCGAAGAAGAACGUUCUGAAGGCCAUAGAGCAGGCUGACAUGCUGCAAGAGGAAGCAGAGACACCACGUAGUGUUCUGGAGGAGAUUGGACUGACAUAAAUGAUGAGAACUCAUCCUACCCAAACACUAACACACAUCUUCCUUUUUUUCUGUGGGCAUUUUCUCUACAUUUGUAUUUAGGUUAGCUUGCAGGCAAAAGUAGUGAUCAGUACUUACUGCAUAAACAGUUAAAUAUUGACACUUGUAUUUCUGCUGCCAAAUAUCUGAAGGAAUCAAGCAUGUUGAAAUCUUCAUGCCACACUAUCUUAAUAGUUAUGCAAAUUUCCCAUAGUGUUCGGCUGUUUGGAUUCAGGUUUGGAUCAGUACAUGUGUAGCAAAGUUUAGAGUCAACAUCCCCACACAACGUCUUAUCUGUAGAUAUUAAGCAUUACCUCUCACCUUCAGCUGCCUUAAAACACUAAUUUCCAGCUCACACUGUUGCCAGUAUCUUAUGCAACUCUCAGUAGAUCCGAGUCAGUGGGUUGUCACUGUUCAAGACAAGGGGGAGAUAGAUAUUGUAACUCAACAUUCAACAUUUUUGGGCAUAAAUUCAUAGAUUCUAUUAUGGCACCAGUAAAGAUCAGUAUUAGUUAAGUCUUGACCAGAAACACUGUAAUGAUUUGUUCCUGUAAACAUUUAAUUGAUUUAGGCAUAUACCAUUAAACAGCCAACGGUUUCAUUUCCAAUGCCAAAGAAUCUUUUCCAUCACCCUCAUGCCUUUUUCCUUUAAAUCAUCUUCAUAUGCUGUCAUAUUGGACUUUGAUUUUCUGACUUACUUUUCAAAAUGUAUUUUGAAGCUUCAUCAAAACAAAAGAAUAAAGUCAGAUAUUGCA